UCCCCAUCUAUCCCUUCACAUAAAUUUCUCUCUUCUUUCUACCCCUGUUUAAUGGCUUCUUCUUACACCAGCCUUGACACCUACGCCAACUCCCAGCCUCAAAACGCCUUUAGUUUCUCCUCUUAUCCCUUCAUGACCACCUCUUUCUCCGAUCUCCUCGCUUCAGGCACCACCACCGACGACGAUAACCCUUCUUCCACCGCCGCCAAACGUGGAGGCACCUUGUCCUUGUCCGACCGGAUUGCCGAGAGAACCGGCUCCGGUGUCCCCAAGUUCAAGUCUCUUCCUCCUCCUUCACUGCCUAUCUCUCCUCCUCCCGUGUCUCCUUCUUCUUACUUCGCUAUCCCACCCGGACUCAACCCGACUGAGCUUUUGGUCUCUCCUGUUUUGUUUAACUCUUCUAACAUUCUUCCAUCUCCUACCACUGGAACAUUUCCACCUCUAGCUUUCUUCAACUGGAAACCCAGUUCUGGAAAUACCCAGCUGAACGUCAAACGUGAAGACAAUAACGAUUUCUCUUCCCAAACUCAGUCCAACGCGAUUCAAACUAGCUUUUCCCCUGAGAUUGCCAACAUUCAAAGUAACUCCCAAAGCUUCCAAUCAGAUCACGGAAAUUACCAGCAGCAAAGAGGGAACCGAAAAUCCGAUGAUGGCUACAAUUGGAGGAAAUAUGGGCAAAAGCAAGUGAAAGGAAGCGAGAAUCCAAGAAGUUACUACAAGUGCACGUACCCCAAUUGCCCAACGAAGAAGAAAGUUGAGACUUCAUUGGGCGGGCAGAUAACUGAGAUAGUUUACAAGGGUAGCCAUAACCAUCCUAAGCCUCAGUCCACUACACGAUCAUCGGCAUUGUCUUCGUCUUCGAUUGCUAUUCAGACUUCGAGUGCUGCUAUCCCUGAGAUCAACGAUCAUUCACUUAUAACUCAUGGCAGUGGACACAUGGAUUCCGUUGCGACACCUGAGAAUUCCUCUAUAUCAGUUGGGGAUGAUGAUUUUGAGGGUUGCCAGAAGAGCAAAUCCGGGGGAGAUGAAGAUGAACCAGAGGCCAAAAGAUGGAGGAGUGAAGGUGAAAAUGAAGGAAUUUCAGCAGCUGGGAGUAGAACUGUGAGGGAACCAAGAGUUGUGGUUCAAACAACUAGUGAGAUUGAUAUUUUGGACGAUGGCUAUAGAUGGAGAAAAUAUGGGCAGAAAGUGGUGAAGAGAAAUCCAAAUCCAAGGAGCUACUACAAGUGCACAUAUGCAGGAUGUUCGGUGAGAAAGCAUGUGGAGCGAGCCUCACAUGAUCUGAGAGCAGUGAUCACAUCCUACGAAGGGAAGCACAACCACGAUGUCCCGUCGGCUCGCAGAAGCGGCAACCAUUCGAUCAAUAGGCCUUUACAGAACAACAACAAUGGGGCAAUGGCAAUAAGGCCAUCAGCUGUUAACAACCCUCGGGCAUCAGCAGCUGAAGGCGAGUCUCCCUUCAUGCUGGAGAUGUUGCAGGGCACCGGAAACUUCGGGUUCUCAGGAUUCGGGAACACGAUGAAUCAGCAACAUGAUGGAAACAAUAAGUUCUCAAGGACCAAGGAAGAACCAAGAGAUGAAGCGUUCAUCGAGUCGUUGCUAUACUGAAAUUAAUCUGCCAGGGGAAAUUGAAGGUUUUGGGAUCAAGUAUGGAAUAGAAGAGAGUCAAGAAAA